UGCGUUCGUGUACAGCCGCAGUCCGGCCGUUUUUUUCUGUCCCCGUGUGAAACAAAAAGUGCGCACUGUGGCCGAUGGUAUUUUUUAUUUUAUUGUUUUCCUAACGUGUCGUGUUAGUUUGUGUCUUAUGGAAUGUGUCUCCUCGUGUGGUGUUUGUUUUAAUGUAAAUUCAUUGCCUGGAUGCCGGUCGAACUGGAUCUUGUUUUGUGUGUGUGUGUGUGUGGAAAACGUAAGUCAAUUGGAAUUUGGCAGGAGUUUUCCAACUAGACUUUUUCAUUGUUUUGGUUUGGAAUCGCAAGCGAUAGGAACGUGCUCUAGCGUCUGGCCGCGCAAGUUUCAUCUUUAAAUCGACCAAAAAAAUAUAUAAAUCAAUCAGCACUUGCCCAGAGAGCCAAUCAGAAGAAGAAACGUACGAUGAUGGAUACCAACAUGGCUAGCAGUAACAACAAUAACAGCCGUCAAGUGAUUCUCGAAGGCGGACUACCGUGGGGCUUCCGGAUUCAGGGCGGGUCCGACACGGGCGUCCAGCUACGCAUCGCUCGCGUGAAUCCUGGGAGUAAAGCGGCGCUGCAAGGCAUCCGGGAAGGCGACGUGAUUACGUCGAUGAACGGCCAACCGACGGAACAAGUCACCAACAGUCAAGCUCACGCACUGCUCAAAGAAGCCGGACCGACACUCCGUCUCGGUUUGAAACAGGGGUCCACUUUAACGAAGAGGCUCUUCAAAUCAUCGAGUGGAGCUUCGGUUUCAUCGGCCGGAGACGUCAGCUCUGACAACGCCCCACCCAAGGAUCAACAAACAAUUGCAGGUAACGGCGGCGUAGCCGCUCAGUCGACGUCUGCCAGUCACAACAGUAGCAACAACGGCGCAGUCCCAUCGUCGUCUUCGGCAUCCACCAGCGCAACUCACAAGCCAACGUCGCUAACCAAAUCAGACGAAGAUCGGCUGCAACAGCCGGAAGAUAUUGCUCCGGAACGGCCAGCGCGAAGUCCGAAGAACAAGCGGCCCGGUGGUAAAUGUAGUAGUGGUAGUAGUAGUAGAGCUACGGCCAUCAUCAACAGCAACAACAACAACAACAGUGGAGUUGAAGAAAGUGAAGAGGAUAACGUCGAAUGUUCGUCUGUCCGCAUUCCGGCCGCAAUCAAAUCACCGACUUCAGCGCCGACGGACGAUCCGCUCGAAGGCAUUCAUUCCAUUUUGUCUGAAAUGGAAAGAGAAAUCCGACACACGGGGGCCAUCGAUCCGCAGCAAGAGGCCAUGGUGGCCCGUCUUCCGGACGGAGCGUCGGUCGAGCCGCGCAUCGGCGGAUUGACGAUCGAAGAAUUCAUUCACUUUCUGGCGCUGCUGGAACGCGUCAAAGAACAACAUCUGGACGCGAAAGAAUCGGAUGAAGAUCCAGCUCGAUCCAGCCCCAACGCUCUUCCGGCGGAACGAACGAGCCCGUACGACAAUAUAAUCCGAUCGCUGGGGCCCGAUCAUCCUCUUUACUGCAAUGUGGCAACGUCGCCAAGGACGAGUCCGCCUUCCGACGAGGCCAGAUCGUCCGCAUCUUCGUCUCCGUGCUCGUCGGAUGAAGACGCUGGGCAAUUUCAGCUGCCGGACAAGCCCGGCAUUCCCGGAUUCUCGUUCCUCGAGCGGCUUUUCCUCCGCCGAUAUCUCCACGUCAUUCCGGAAGAGGCGGCCAGCGAUUGCGGCAGCCACAGCGCCCGGCUGAGUCGGGCCCUCAGCGGACUCUCAUCCGCUCUGAGUUAUUUAGAAGACGUCGACGACGAUCGAUUUUCUCACGAAUCCAUCGGAGAUGAGUAUCGAGAUUUCGCUUCCGGCGGAUCCUUAACGCCCGUAGCGCUUCCGCCGAUCACGAACGACGACGAAAUCGAUCCACUUCUAGUUGCUUUAGAACCGGAAUCGAAACGAACAGCGUCCGCCGCGGAAGGCGAGCCGAGCCGCGCGAACCCGCCGGAUGAAAAUUCCCCGCCGGAAUCGCCGAUUGAAGCGACAGUUACCCGACAUCCGUCUGAAGACGAAUUUUCGAUCGUGCUUGCCGUGCCCGUCAUGAUCGUCGAUUCCAGCGAUUACGAUGAGCCGGCGGAUUCGGCCGCCGAGGAUCGCGACUCUUUAACUUCGGCAGCGGCUCCCAGCCCGGCGGAAGAGGACGCGGAUCGUGCCACACGUUUCCCGCAAGUGCUGGAAGAGCUGAACGAAGCGGAAGAAAAGCCGACGGAAGGAUCGGUUGAAAUGGAUGCGAAAGAGAAUCAAAGCGAAGUGACUUCGUUGGCCGAUUAUUGCGAGCUGCUUGACGAAUCGGCGUUGCCACUCAGCGUCUUAAUGAUGCAGACGUCCGGCUGUUGCCGCGACGAUGAUGAAACGGGCCAGCGGGCGGAUUCAGAGCGCAACGAGUCGACGGACGGAUAUGGAUGUUCGUGUUCGCUCGGCUUCAGCGACGAUGACGACGUCAACAACGUGACAGUCGUAAGCGAUCAUCAACAGCUGGACGACGUGGCAACGUUGCAUGAUGUGGAAGGAGAUGGGCAAAAGACGGACGGCGGUGUCGAACGAGCCGAUGAAGUUGAUUGUUGCGGGGUGCCCGUUUUGAAGGAAUCGAUUAGCGAUGCGGAUGGAGAAACGACGGUGCUGGGUGGAACAUCGGUCGUGACGUUGAUUGACGCUAAAAUCGUCAGCGUUGAUUACGAACCGGUGCAGUUGAUUUGUUCCGGCGCUCGACUUUGUCACGUUCCCGCACCGACCGACACCCUGGAAGCGUUCCAGCACGACACGGUGGCCUCGCGCGCUGAAAAUAGACAAUUAGCGGGCGAUAAUCCAGCGGAACUCGAGGCCGAUAAGACGAUGGGGCAAGUGUCGGUUGAGCCAACUGACCCGAUCCAUUUUCAAGUGACGGGCGAUGUUGAGCUGCUGGAACGCCAAAUGACGUCGUUAGCUGGUAGUGAGGAUCCGGAAGCGAAUCCGCAUGGCGUUUGCAGUUCGACUGCGGAGAAACACGGACACGUUGUCGAUGAAAUGCGCAAGUUGUGGGAGAUGCGCUGCAAUGCGGAUGCAUCGGCCGGCCAGUGUCUCCCUGCCCAUCAUGAUGCGGAGCAAGAUGUGGCGUCGGCCGAUGAUGGAUCUGAUCAUUCGACGCCCGUUCCGGAAGAAGAAGAGGAAGAAGAUGGACGUUUAGCCGCGCCGGAAUGUUCGGCCGUGGCGAUGGAUUCGGUUCGCAUGAAAUCCAUUCAAGAAUUUCGGAUGCUUUGGUCUGGAUGGCCUCCGCCUCCUCCCCUUCCUCCUCCGCCCGAACAUUACGGCGCAUCCGAAACGGAAACGGGCUAUUCGACUGACGGAUCGGAGCCCUUCCGCCAACGGCGCAGGCGGGCAGCUCUUGCAGCCAAUGCCGUUCCGACCCCACCGCCGAGGCCAACGCCACCUAGGGACGAAAGCUUGUACCGCUCACGGACCGAGCCUUCCGUUUGUCACGACCGCCGUCCCGAACCUCCGCUGAGGUACCAGCCUUAUCCUCAGCGCUUCCAGCCUUUGUGCUACUACUCCGCACCGGAAGCGGAAGACGACGACGACGAUGAGCGAGUCAAAGCUCGUCUGCUGGCCGACUGGCUUGUUUUAGCCAAUAGGAAGCGGAGCCAGUCGCCUUGUAGCGGCACCUAUCGAUCGAUCCAGCGUUCCAAUUACAGCACGCUGACGUCGACGACGACGACGACCCGUGAAACAUCCGCCCGCGAGUCUGAAUCGGAAGCUUCGGACUACAAUGACCGGCACGAUUGCGCCACGGUGCGUCGCUACCGUAGCAGACUCCACAGAGAUGACGAAUCCCAUGGAUCUUCGUCAUCACUUCUGUCGACGCCCUAUCAAGCCAGCAGUCCGAAACCAGGUGUUUGGUCACCGGGCCAGCAGCAAAGCCCACCGGAACGGGACAACAACCACCAGCAGAGACAACAACAACAGCAACAACAACAACAGCCACCAUCAUCGAUUUCUUCCGGCAUACAACCGCCACCGCCGAUUUGGAUCCCGUCCAGCCAACAGCCCAGCCCCAAAUCAGAACGCAAAGAGUUCCGGCCAGUCCGUCUUGAAGCUCUGAAGAAACAGCCGUCUGCUUCUGCUGCUGCUGCUGCCCAACAGCAGCCUCAGCAGCGAGAGGCGGUGCAGAAACCGGCAGCGCCGACGAGUUUGCCACCUUUUGCCACCACCAGCACAUCCACGCCAGCAUCUCAGCCUUCCACUUCCACAACCACCUACUCCUCUUACUUGUACCCGUCCAGCUGGGACAGCCAGCGCCAGCAAAAUGCCACACCGUUCGGCAACAACAGCGCCAACAGCACGCCCAUAAACACGCCGGCCAGCGAGCACUCGGCUUUGACCAGCACUUCGACCAACUAUUCCGCUUUGUCGUGGGAUCGGAGAACGAACGGUGGCUCCACCUACAGCGGCGGUUCGGGUUCUACCACACCUACACCUUCGUUGCAGCCUUUGCAGCUGCCUGCGACAUCUUCGACGCCAACGAGUCACCUGCCCAAGGUGCCCAACCCUACUGUGACCCUCCUACAGAAAGCCAGAGAAGGACAGUUACCGAAAGGCGCAGCUUAUCUAGAAACACCCAAACUAGGCGAACGUUACGGAAAUCGUUUAGGUCAACCACCUCCGCCCCAGCAACUGUACCGUAGCCCUUACGAGCCAGUGUACAGCAUCCAGCGAGAGUAUAGCGUGCCGUCUUCAGCGGCUACCGCCACUUCAUCUGGCGGCGCUGUUGCACCGUCCAGCGGCGACGAAAAUAGCCAACAGCCGCCGUCGGCAUCGCAGCAAGAGACGCGCAAGUUUGUCGAUCUGACGGCUAACAAAUUCAGCGGCGUCGGCCCAGUCUCUCAGGAGGGCGUUCCUAUCGCUUUGCGCUCGGGUAUCAGAGAAGAAGAUCAUCAUCACUGGUACCGGCGUAUGUACGAGUCCUUGCACAGGACAGGAGGCCCAGGAGAUUACGUCACUGUGCGCUAUAAAACUGGUCGUGGUCGAGGUGGAGGAUAUCAGUCGGAGCCGGACCAGAACAAUCGCUACGAUUACGAUUCAGAUGCCGGGCGUUACGCUACGUUAGAUCGAAGACGUCAACGCAUCCACAACGACUCCGAAUCUAACGGCGGAUCACCUUCACGAAUAACGAAUCACGAAUCGGAAUCCUAUCGUUAUCAACCCGGCCGCAUUGAAGAUUACGAACCGGGAAUCCGAUCCUCAAUCACCCAACAGCAGCAGCCAACCAAACAGUCGCCUAAGAUCAGCAUCCCUAGCAAAUCGUUUACGAAUUUCGCUUUAAAAGAAUCCGGCUACGAAAGUGACUCUCAGCUAGUCUUCCGGCGGCGCCAUCCCAACGACUCAGCCGAAGCCGGUGGUGGGCAGGCGACGCCGGCGGCCGACCCGAACGAGCAGCGACUCUGGUACAGGGACAUCCAGCGUGGAGGCGAGGUGCCAUUGCACGGACUCCGCAAACAGCAGCCCGAUCGACCACAAGACGAUCCAGGUGAAUUAUUUCUUGCUGAUCGUCGGAUAAGCAACAGCGAAAAGAAGCGCAAAAGUGAUCCUUGGCGCUACAUCCGUUUCAAAUCGAAAUCCCCGACGCCGCCAUCGACGCAUCAGCGACGCAAACACAGAUUCCUGUCCGUUCCGGCUGUUUUGAACCGCUUGCAGAGCUGCAACAUGUUCCGCAGCGGAAGCAGCAAGAGACAGACUAACGCCACUGGCAGUCCGAGCGCGUCCGAGGAGCGGAAACAGAAGAACGCCGGAACGUCCACCGUGAAAACGACGGCAUCGGUCGGCACUUCGACGUCGUCCAAGGGCAAAACUUGGCGACGCAUUAAAUCCGGAAGCGGAUCAAGUGCAAGCGGUGCCAGCAAAAAAAUAUCCAAGCUCUCGGCGUCCAGCCCGAUCGACGGAGGUUUCGCCCAGCGUGAAGAAAGUGCCACGCCUUUACCGGAAGACAUUUCCGCCCUCCCGCAGGUUGUUGUCUAUCCAGCGACGGAACAGGAUUGCAAGCAAAUGGAGCCGUUGCCUCCGCCUCCGAUAGAAGAUAUGCUGGUUGAUAAUCCGCCGCUACCACCUCCGCCACCGAAGGUAGCGACGGAAGCGCCGGACGUCGCGCAGCGGAUGAUGCAGCAACGCGUUCCGUCCCGUCCAACGCUUCCGGCUUUUCCGGCCUUUCCGACCUUGUCUCCUCUUCAAUCGCGGCCGGCCAAGAAGAAAUCGGCGUCUGCCGGAAGUAAAUCGGAACCGGCUCUGAAUGUUUACCUGAACCACCGGCAGAUGGUGUCGCAAUCGAAAUUUCGGCGGAUGCAGGAGGAACAACAACCGGCCCAGGAAGAAACGCCGAAAAUGUCGCGCUACCAAAAACUGGCCCGCGACACCAAAAAUCUCGUCGCUAGAAUCUCCGGAGAAAUUCCCAGCACGGAGAAAAUCCGCCAAGCUCUUAAACUUCCGGCCGGUGGGACGACCAAUGGAAACGGCUCCAACGGCAAGACGCACUCAGAUGUAGACGUCACCGAUCCGGAAUUUAUUUGUGACGAACAGACGGCCGCCAUUUUGCUGGCCGAGUUGGAAGGCAAGUCGCAAUCGGAGCCACAGAAAGCCGAAAGCGGAAGCCAAGCGGAACCUGCGGCUCAUCCGCCUCAUCAGCCGGAGCAUCAAGACAAAGAACAAGAGAAGCAACAGCAGAAGCCCAAAGAACAAGAUGACGUUGGGGAACAUUAUCAUUACGUCGUUCCGCUCGAAACUCGGAUGGAUGACGGAGAUUGCCGCUCAUCCGCCGGAAGCCCGGAAUACAUCAAGACUCAGCGUUUCAGUCAGCUUCGCUCGUUGUACCGCAGUCUGGAGCGGCUCAACGAGCUUGAAAAAUUAGUGCCGACGGACGAGCUGAAUCAGUUGGCCAGCAGCGACGGCAUCAUCGAUUUCGAUUUGUGGCGCCGAUUGAGACAGCGCGAAAAAGCCCAGGAAGAGAUGCGCCAUUUGGCCACUUGGAUCCAGGCGGCUCAAAGGGAGGGCGAAUGCUAUUUCGGCACUUCGCCUCCGCCAAAAUGGCAACGCGGGGCCGAUCCGGGGCUCCGCAUCAAAGAGCAAUCUGUCCGCAUUUUAGCGGAUAAAUACAAGACGCUGGCGGAAGCGAAACGCUACGCCACACAAUCGCUUCCGAGGAAUUUCGCCCAGUGUCCUGACGGAAGCCGUGCGGAAUCACCUGUUUCGGCCGGACGUGUUAGCCGAUCCAGCCAGAGACGCAGUAGCUUAACUGGCCAGCAAAUGGCCAUUUUGAAAUCGCAACUCUCGCGCGUCUACUCGCCGCCCAGUCGCUAUGAAACCGUCGUUUCUCCGCAACGGCAGCCCAGGAAGCUUCCGGAAGCUUUGCUUAAUCCUAAGUUGUACGUCAGGAGCGUCUCAGAGUCCAGCCGUGACUAUACUCUUGCCCGGCUGGAACAGCGCCGCAAUCGACUGAUGGAAUCGCAAAAGGCGCUGUCGAUCGCCGGAGGCGGACGGUCCGUCGCCCGUUCUCAAUCCGCAUCGUCCCCCAAGCCGCCCAACAUUAGCGAAGCGGAGCGUCGCUCUUUGUCGAUGCGUCUCGGUGCCGAAGUGAAGGAGCGCUACAUGACGUCCAAACCGGCCGUCCAGCACCAGCAACAACCGCGUUCUACCAGAGCGGCCAUCCAGUACGUCCAGCAACUCAGCCAGCACAUGUCGAGGAAAUUGGCCGGAUCGCCCAGGAUGCUGUCCCCUAGUUCCCCGGGACCUUACCGCACGCACCAAUCCCGCAGUUCGUCUCGCGAAAGCUCGGCCAGCAGCCAGCAAGAUUACUUGCUGGUGCUGACACCUCGCGGACGGAAUAAAGCCGACGUGGAAUCGGCCGUGCAGGAAUGGGCCGACUCGACCAUGGUGGGCAAAACUCCUUCGCCGACGCCCGUCGUUCCGCAGCGCUCGAGUAGCCUCAACAUCCGGGCCGCCGGUUUGGAAGAAGAUUCGCACAGUUCCAACUCGUCCGUCCAGACGGUGAUCCAUCGCGACGUCCAGAAGAAAGUCGAUUUCUUCGAGAAAGUCAUCGCCGAUUCAGCUGGAGAUCCUUCCGAUUUGGCCAUCGUUCCAUUCCGGACGACUCAGAGCGUCAACGAUCUCCGCCGAUCCGCUUCGACGCUCGUCGGCCGUCGCCGGACGCGCUCCGUUAUCGUUCCGCAGAGGUCGCAGAGUUUAUCGCUCCAUCGGCCGGCAUCGGCGGCUUCUACUUACGGAUCGAUGACCGACGUUCGUCUCGGCCAGUUGAUGGACAGGGUCAAGUGUUUAUCGCCCAGCCCGUGCGGCCGUAGGUCAUCGCCCGGAAGCGUUUCGGGAGGCGGAUCGCAUUAUUUGAAUUUGGUGAAGAAAGGCGAUGUUGUCAAGAAGUGCCAGUACUUCAGUUCGCCGCGGGUGGACCAACAGAAUCAUCCGCCAGCCCAACAGCCGAAAACCGGGCAGAAACAAUCGCGACCCGUCACGCCGCAAUUAUCCAGCCGUUCAGUUCCGGAUUCGCUUCCGCUUUGGAGCGCCGCGGAAAAAUUUAACCGGAACAAGACGGUGAUCAAAGGUCAAGAGAUGGGCGACGUGAGUUUUAUGAAGCGCCGUUACGAGCAGGAGCCGCCGCGGAAUCGAUUCCGGAGCCAAUUCGGCUCGACUUCGACUCCGUCGCUGCAGGACGGCGGAACGAGCGGAAGUUUCAGCUGGAGCCGUCGCUUGGCGGCUGCCGCUAACAAGCGGGUCUCGUUCCCUAAUUUCUCUUCUCCGAGUCGGGCUGGAAGUCGAGCCGGAAGCGACACGGGAAGCCGAUCCGGUGGCAAGAAAUUGGAUUUCACUCGGGUCAAACCGACGUUGCUCUCUUCCGCACGUUUGGCUUUACGUCAAGCGCAAACGGCCGCCGAUCCGACGGCUCAUCAGCACAUCAUCGGCGGGAGAACAAGCCGACCGGUCACGCGCAGCUCAUCGGCUGGCGGUGGAUCUUAUUCCGACAUUCCGUCCACCGUGUCUUCCUUCAUUUUGCCCAGCAACAAUCACACGACCACCACGGCGGGAAACACCACAAGCAAAAUGACUGUGGCCAGUCCUGAUAUGAGCUUGAAAUCGACUUCGGAUCAAGGAUCAAUCCGCAGCCGCCGUUCCAUGUCCAGUCCGCUUCCGGCUAUUCCGGUAAGCGCUGCAUCCGCACCGGCUAAUGCGGCUGCAAGUGCGUCCGGCGUAAACGUCGUUAAACCGAAUGCGGAAUCAAGUGCUACUCAAAAAGAAUGCAACAGUGCCAAACCGCCGACAUCCGGCAAAGCGGUGACGGCCCAAUCACCAUCCGCACAAACGCCGGAGGGCGAUUACCAAGCAUUGGGUUCUUCCUCCUCGCACGCUGGCACUACUUUUGAUCCGUCGAUGCAUCAGCCCGUCUAUCGCUACACUCCGCCGCCUCCGCGGACCGGAGGCCGGCCCAACAAGAUCCAUUCCGUCUACGAUUUAUACGCGACUUAUCCCCGCCAACGAGCCGGUAUGCAGUCGCCAACUCGCCCUCCGCUUCCAGCCCAAUGGGCCCACUUAACCAGCCCCCGUAAGCCAGCCAGAUCUUCAAAUCCAGCAGGCGCAGCGCACAGGUUUGCCGAAUCGGAAGUGACCAUCCAUUACCGCAGUCCCAUCCGCAAUCUGCAGCAUAGCGGUCAACAACAGACGGACAUUGACGAGGAAGAAUUGAGGCAAAUGCAAGCUGAACACAUGAGGCGUGUUUACGAACAAGAGCGUCGUCGUAAAUACAUUCAGGAAUUAGAAGAUAUCGAAUCUCGGAGACAUAUGGAUAAUUUUACGCCACUGAUGAAAUCUCCUAUCCCAUUGAACCGUUACGAUGAUUUUAUGGAUGAUCAACCGGUGCCGCUUGGACGCCCCGGCAGCCAGAACCAUCAGCAGCGUGACAGGACUCCUGAACCUAAAAUAGUUGCUCGCGGUCUCUACAAUUUCGUGGCCCAAAACGCCAGGGAAUUAUCGUUUCAAAAGGGCGACAUCAUCUUCAUUCGGCGACAGAUUGACAAGAAUUGGUACGAGGGCGAACACAACGCAAUGGUCGGAAUUUUCCCCGUUAAUUACGUCGAAAUUAUACCUUACGACGGAGUGCGAUUGACGAACCGCAAACCCAGCGAAGGCAAAGGCCGAGUCAAGUUCAACUUUGUGGCUCAAACACCGAUUGAAUUGUCGCUCGUCAAGGGAGAACUGGUCAUCAUCACCAGACAGGUGGACGAACACUGGAUGGAAGGCCGCAUCGGUCAACGUCGUGGUAUAUUUCCCAUCAGCUAUGUCGAUAUUAUCCAGUCGUGUUCAACAUCCACAUCAACUCCUAGCGUCAAGACACCAACCACAGGUGGCAAUGCUCUUAUUACCAACGGAUCUCUCCGUUCCACUCAACAGUACCGUAACCAGCAACCGCAACACUUUUCGAUCCAACCGAAGAUGAGUCCGGCGAAUGCAACGUCUCAGCAUCAAUACCGAGCAGCUCCAGCACAGUAUAAUAAACCCAGUAGUUUGAUGGUUGACACACGCUCCGAUCCCGUCCUAUACCGAGCACUUUACACGUACGCACCGCAGAAUGAUGACGAGCUUGAACUGCAAGAGGGCGACAUGAUCUGCGUGCUGGAAAAGUGCGAUGACGGUUGGUACGUCGGCACCAGCCAACGAACCGGCCUCUUCGGUACCUUCCCGGGCAACUAUGUCGAACGCGUUUGAGACGGAUUCAAACACGACGCACGACAUAUUUGAAUGAAUCGAUUGCGUAAUUUAAAAGAUACGACAAGACACCCACCCACCUAUCUACAACACAUUUCGAGUCUCGAAAAACAUUGUUACGGUUAUACUGUUGUUUCAUCACCUAUAUAUUCUUAUUCUUUAUCUCAUUUACAAUUUGAUACAGCAACAGCGCCAAAGAAUCUCUCAUUUGCAUCAAAACGUGGAUCGCUACACUUUCAGUUGAUCGUAUUUGUUUCUGCUAUAAUAUUCAUGAGCUUUUAUUCGAUCAUUCUAUGCCAUCAUCUGUUUUUUUUGUUGUCUCAAAUAUUUUAACCUGUCCAUCGUCUUCCUACGUGAAGCUUUCUUAUCGUGAACAUUUUUUUUUUUUACAAAAUGAGUCAUCUGGAAGAAGAGUUUUUGCCACCGAACGAUUUGACAGCAAACAAAUGAAUGCAAACUUGUGAGUAUUGACCAGACAAAUGUCGCGGUUCUUCAUUAAUCAUCAGUCUCCUUGUUAAUGUGUUCGAAAAAGAAAAACUUCAAAUAGUUAGAAAAAUGCCAACGUUAGAGAGUGCCUUGGAUGGUGGAGACCAUUGUACACAACACAAACACACUCACCCGUUACGGCCAUCAUAACAGUUCCGACAUUUGUGUCACAUGGGGAAGAGAAACAUUUUGACCGUGUAAUGAUGCAUCACUCGUAUUAAUCGCAUUAAAAGCCUAUAAUCUUUUUUUUUCUUUAAAUCUUUUUAAAAAUCUACAUAGUAAAAAAUGUCAUUGAAAGUAUUUUUCUUUAUUUCUGCUGCUCGAAAAUUCUUUUUCCCUCUCAUUUUCUUUCGAAUGGUAUUCUUUUACAAUUAAUUACAUGAUUGUUACAUGGA